AUGGAGGCUGAAGAUGACAUCGAAUUUUCCGACGAUCUACGUACACAGGAGCUCCAGUCCGUCAAGACCAUUUAUCCGGGAUGCAGGGUGGAUUACCAGGCCUUAAGUGGCGCGAUUGAGGUGCCCUUGAAGAUCGAGCUGGGCAUCGAGAUCAAGUUGGUGGAGCCAGACACCCCAUCUCAAGGUUCAGACCACCCAGUCUUGAAGAAACCGUCUGAAACGCUAUCACAGAGUCCAGACCAAGUGCUCACCAAACAAACAGUCCACAAUCUACCACCCAUAACGUUGACCUUUUGUCUUCCAGAGAACUACCCAUACGAUGAAGCACCCGCAUUCACCAUCCAAUCCAGUGUGCUAUCCAAGUCCAUCACUACUGGCUUAACCGAAGACUUGCUGCAAAUGUGGAACGAUUAUAAGGACCAGAUAUUAUUUAAUAUGAUUGAUUUUUUGAUGGAAAGAGCACAAUCGGAACUGCUCGUAACUACAGUUGACUUUACGGACCCAGAACAGUACUACAACAUUAUAGACUACAAUAAGACGGUUUUGCAAAAAGAAUUCGACAUGCAGACUUUCACUUGUGAGAUAUGCCAGGAAGAUUAUAAAGGAUCCGUAUGCCUGGAAUUUGAAUGCAGGCACGCCUUUUGCAACCAGUGCUUGUAUGAUUACUUUAGUUCUGUCAUCACCACCGGCGAAGUUGAUAAAGUUCAUUGCCCGAACUUUGAAUGUACCAAAAAGUUUGUUGAAACUAGAAAAGAGUACUCCAAUCUAGAGACAUGGAUGGAACGAAACUUUCCCGUGGAAGAAAUCAUCAACGUCCUUCUUACCCCCAGCAUUUCAUUAGCCUUGUUGACCAAGAUCUUGAAAUCACAUGGCACUCCCGAAGAAGUUGAAUCAGGAAUCAAACGUUAUCAGGAAAUGUUCAAAAAAUCACAGUAUGAAUUUAUUGGAAACCUUUUACCUAAUAGAUUGGUAGAUUGUCCUAGAACAGGAUGUUCCGAAGUGAUCUUUAGAAAAGAUUUAAACGAUAAGUUGGUAGUAUGUCCCCGGUGCGCAUAUGCAUUUUGCAAUGAUUGUCAAAACUCCUGGCAUGCAAGAUUCGUUAUUUGUAAGAAGCUUGCUGAUAAAGGUAACAAUUACCUAGGAGUUCCAGUGGAUGAUAUUGAAUAUUACUUGCUAUUGGAAAAGGAUUCUUACGAACGAAAGGCUUUGAGGUCCAAGUAUGGCCGUGCUAGAAUGAAAAGGGCUAUCGAUGAGUUUCAAAUGGAUCAAUUAUUCAAUAAGAUGCUACAUGAAGAUAAGAGUGUGGUCGCUUGUCCAAAUUGCGAGAUUGGAAUUGAGAAAACUGAUGGGUGCAAUAAAAUGAAAUGUUCUCAAUGCUUGACUAAUUUCUGCUUCCUUUGUGGAGAAAUUAUUGGACCUAACUAUGAUCAUUUCUCACUUCCUGACUCCACUUGCUACAAGAAGUUGUUCGUGGGUAUGGCAGGAGCAGAAGAAGAUCACUUAAACCCAAUUGGGGUUUUAGACGACGACUAA